UUUAACACGAAAGCAUUGUCUCGACUGUGUCGCGUUGUCUGAGUUAUCGACCAAAGAAUCGAAUUCCAAGACUUUCUCGUGGGUUGUCUUUAGCCGUAUUUCGGUGAGAUUAGGCGACAGUUUCCCGAAAAGUGGAGGGGAUAAUGUUAGUACCAAGGAAAAUCUCUACACGAUAUAAUUUAAAGAUCUGUUCUUUGUAACUGCACUGCUGAAUUAAUGCAAAAGAAAGCCGCAUAAUUUGCAAACAUGUGGGAUGGAAGCAACGUUGGUCUCGGAGGUGGAUUCUUGGACGAAAGUACAAGCGGCACGCAGGCCGGUGGCGGGAAAAAAGGUGCGCAGAGCAACGAUCGGAGUAUCGUUCCGGUGCUGAUAAAGCAUAUUAUUUCGGCAACGGGUGAUCUGCAGAUCGCUGGUAAAACCGUGAACACCUUGACUUUCGUCGGAAUUGUGCGUCACAUUGAGCAGGAAACUACGAAGAUUUCUUAUCACAUCCAGGAUGAUACAGGUACGCUCACAGCUAUGAUGUGGCUAGAAGCAGAUAAGAAUGCUAGGGAGGACAUAUUAGUUAAUACAUAUGUACGAGUCCAUGGAUUGAUACGUGACCAACAUAAUCAACGGAAUGUAUUAAUUUUGCGUAUAUACCCUCUGGAGGAUUUGAAUGAACUAACAUGCCACUUUGUGGAAGUGAUAUAUUUUAUGUUGAUGUUCAACAAGCCUACAGAAGAAUCAUCCGCUGCACCCAAUAUGGUGGUGUAUGACAACACAAUGAGUGGCAUGACACCUGAACAAAUGAUGGUUCUGGAAGUCGUUCGAUCGGCAGAUGACGGCGAGUGUGGUAUUGAGAAACGCAUUAUUUUGACAAAGAUACCUAAGCACGUUGUAUCUCGUUUAGAUGAGAUAUUAGAUUUUCUUUUGUGCGAAGGACAUAUUUAUACAACUAGUUCAGAAGAUUUCUUUAAGGCUACUUAAACUAUACUUAUGUGUGAUAUGCGUAUCAAUAAAAAGUUCCGCAUGAA